AUUGAAAUGGGUGGUCCUCCACAGAGCCACCAUCCACCUGAACCCGCAACCCUCGGGCUAUUUAGGAACAAGUGCCAGCCCGUGCCGCUCCGCAGGGUCACUCCGAGACUUUGCUUUCCAGAAGAGCCACCGAGUAACCGGUAACCGAGGAACUCCAGAGGGCUCCCCCCAUCUGCCCGGGCUACAGCCUUGUGCGUCCAACGCCGGUCGAUCGGGAUCUCCUCACCUAAUCACCUACUUUCAAGGCAUUUUUGACUUGCGCUUAUCCACCGCCUACCGGGAUUCCACGCAUCCGUUCCGUAUAGAUUUUGUAGGUAUUGGUAUUUGUCUACAUGUGCCCUCCUCGUGUGCCGCUCUUACGCACAUAAAGGCGGAAUACGUUCUGCGCUACACGUCCGCGUUAACGCCAGUGGAUAGGUUACUGUUUUCCUUAUUUUCACUCCGCGCUCCCUCAGUGGAUUCUGGAGAAUGUGUGAUUAGUGGAGGUGAUGCCCGUUUAUAUAAUCGAACGAAAAACACCUGGUGAGUUGACACAGCCAGCGUCUGACAGAGGAGAUCUGAAGAUGACGGAGAACGCCCAUCACCCCAAGUCGGCCAAGAAGCCCCGCUGGACCUCGCUGGAGAUCGGCCUGGUCACCAUCGUCACCUUGCUCUUCAUCAUCGUGGUGUCUCUCAUCGCUCUGUUCGCCACGCAGAAGGCCGAUAAAAUCUGCACAACUGCCGACUGCACACAAUCAGCCUCCCGCCUUAUCGAGAACAUGGACGCCAGCGUGGACCCGUGUGAGGACUUCUAUCAGUAUUCCUGCGGGGGCUGGCUGAAGAAAAACAUCAUCCCCGAGACCAGCUCCAGAUACAGCACCUUUGACAUCCUGCGAGAUGACCUGGAGGUUGUCCUCAAAGGGGUCCUGGAGAGAACAGUGGAGGGGGAAGCGAUGGCUCUCACCAAGGCCAAGACCCUGUACAAGUCCUGCACCAAUGAGACCCUGAUCGAGCAGCGUGGAGGGGACCCCCUGCUGGCCAUGCUGCCUGAACUUUUUGAUUGGCCCAUGGCCGUGGAUAACUGGGAGACCCAUUAUGGCACGGACUGGAGGCUGGAGGAUGCCAUCGCCCAGCUGAACGUGAAGCACGCAACACAAGUCGUGCUAAACUUCUUCGUGGGCCCCGAUGACAGGGACUCCAACGCGCACAUCAUUCAUUUUGACCAGCAGUCAAGCCUCGGCCUCUUAUCCAGAGAUUAUUACGCCUGCACUGGACCUUAUACAGAGGUAUGCCGGGCAUAUGAGCAGUUCAUGAUUGACCUGGUGAAGCUAAUCCGUAGCGACCGCGGCCUGGCCGUCAACGAGAGCAGCAUCAAGGAGGAGGUUGCCAGGGCCAUCGAGCUGGAGAAGGACAUCGCUAACGCGACUGACACACUGGAGGAGCGGAACAACCCGGUGCUGCUGUAUAAUAAGAUGAAACUCAGUGAUCUCAACACAAACUUCACCCUGGAGGUCGAGUCACAGGUGUUUGACUGGAGCUACUUCACCGCCAAAAUCAUGGAAACAGUCAACAUUUCUGUUCCCGAGUCUGAGAACAUUGUCAACUACGCUCCAAACUAUUUCAGACGGCUCCAACCUGUCCUGGCUUUAUACUCUAAGAGAGACCUCCAGAACUACAUGGUGUGGCGCUUCGUCAUGAACAUGGUGGUGGACCUGAGCGCCGCUUACAGAGACACCAAGAAAGCCUUCCGCAAAGCUCUGUCAGGAACGACGUCGGAGUCGUCGGUGUGGCGACAGUGUGCGCUCUACGUCAACAACAACAUGGACAGCGCCGUCGGCAGGCUGUAUGUGGAGGAAGCCUUCAGCCCGGAGAGCAAACACCUGAUGGAAGAAAUGAUCAUUGACAUCAGGAACGUGUUCCUCUCCAACCUGGACGAGCUAACCUGGAUGGACGCAGAGACCAAGAAGGCCGCCAAGGAGAAGGCCAGGGCUAUUCGCGAGCGGAUUGGCUAUUCUGACAACAUCAUGACCGACCAGUACCUCGACAACGAGUACAAAGAUCUCCACUACAGCGCAGAGGAACACUUCGAAAACAUCCUAAAGAACCAGCAGCAUUUUCAGAAGAAACGCCUGCGAAAACUCAGAGUCAAAGUCAACAAGGAAGAAUGGGUGUCCGGGGCGGCCGUUGUCAAUGCGUUUUACUCCUCCAGCAAAAACCAAAUAGUGUUCCCAGCCGGCAUUCUGCAGCCGCCCAUCUUUAGCAAGGGCCAGUCCAAAUCUCUCAAUUACGGAGCCAUCGGCAUGGUGAUCGGUCAUGAGAUCACCCACGGCUUUGACGACAAUGGCCGUAACUUCGACAAGGACGGGGACCUAAAGGACUGGUGGACACCCGGCUCCACCCGCAAGUUCCUGGACCUCUCAAAGUGCAUGGUGGAGCAGUAUGGCAACUUCUCCUGGGACCUGGCCAAUGGACUCCAUAUAAAUGGAAACAACACCCUCGGAGAGAAUAUUGCUGACAACGGUGGCAUACAGCAAGCAUAUAAGGCCUACCAGAACUUUGUGAUCAGACACGGAGAGGAGCCGUCGCUACCUGGCAUAGACCUUUCCAACGACCAACUCUUCUUUCUCAAUUUUGCUCAGGUUUGGUGUGGAACCCACCGACCCGAGCAGGCUGUGAAUUCACUCAAAGUGAACGUUCACAGUCCAGGCAAGUUCAGGGUGCUUGGUUCCCUCCAGAACUGCCCAGAGUUUGCCAAAGCCUUUAGCUGCAGGAAGAAUAGCUACAUGGUUCCGGACAAAAUCUGCCAUGUCUGGUGAUGUCUGGCUGUGCCUCUUGGGGAAAGCAGAGAUGCUGCUGGCGGGAGAGGAGAGAGGCCAGCUGCACCUCCUGCAUCUCCCUCCUCCCCCUGACUGUUAGAGCACUCACAGUGGGCUAGAGAUGUAGACUCUUUCCCCCCUCAGAUCUCUGCUGGAUGGACCUGCACAGCCAGCCAGCGUCACAGUGGCACAUGGGGGAGAGCGACCGCGGACUGUGCCCCUGGGGACAGCAGAGCGCUGAUUCUCUGACUCUCUGACUCAUCGAAUGGGCUUCACUCCGUCAGCCUCGUUAUACAGUGCUUCUCUCCUCUCAGCGGGGUUUAAUCAUUCUGUCACAGGUUUGCCAAUAGCACAACUCUAUCUCUAUUUGUAUUAUUUUUUGUGAUUGUGUCAUUUCUUUUCAUAACUCAGUGUGAAGGGCUUAUUUUUUUUUAAAGCAUAUUCAUCGAUAUACGUCCAACCUUUGUUCAGGUAGGAAUAAAUCGACAACACACACACUUUCUUGCGCGGAUGCGUCUGACAAAGGGUCUGACGUUAACGUUUUUGAUUUUGUCUUUGAAUUAUAAUUGUGUGGAAAUUGUCAAAUCUAUCUGCCAUGGGCUGGUGGCCAGUAUGUCAUUUUUGACCCAGGUCUGACACAAUGGACAGCACUCAAAUCUUUAGGUUUGAUUCUCACCCUAAUAUACUCAUAAUGUACAUCAAGGAGGUUAAUCAUCAGCUACUUUUGGUAAUUAUAAUUAUUUAAAGCAAGAUUGAAUAUUUAAGAACAUAUGCAUUUAUUGACAUACUUAACGGACAACAUUUAAACAAUUGCAUAUCAAUCAACAAUGUUUUUAUUAUAAACGCAAAAACGUUUUUUGUGUUUUAAAUUCAACAAUUUGACCAAGAUAAGUAGACACCUUAUUUCCUAAAUAUGUCGUAAUCUGUAAAUCAGAGAUUCAACAGACACUGCACUCAUGUGCUCUCUAGGUUUCUCCAAGCUGUGUGUGUGUGUCUGUGUCUGUUUGUCGGUCUGUAUGCUGGCAUGCCUGUUCAUGUGUGUUGAGAUUGUUCUGUGUCAAAAGUUGUAAGCACAUGGCAGAAGAAUAGUUAUGCCUUACAAUGUAAGUGGUGCUCUGUGUUUGUGUGUGUGCAUGUGCCUUUGUGUGUGUGCGAUUGUUUAAACGUUUGUGUGACUGUUUGAGUAUGUGUAUGUGUGUGUUUGUGUGUGUCUGUGCAUGUGUGUGUGUGUGUGUGUGUGUGUGUGUGUGUGUGUGUGUGUGUGUGUGUGUGAUCAUUUGUGUCUUUGUGUGUCUGUGCAUGUUCUUGUACUGCGCCAAAGAUUGAUUUAAAAUGGUUCUCCAUUCAAUCCCAUUGAUCCCGGAUGAUGGAUACGGCCAAUUUCCCUUACUCAAGCUGCAGUCAAAACACCGUACCAGAAUGUCUAAUAAGUGUGUUUGACUCCUUAACCCGCGGGAAGCGCCCUUACUAAAGUUGGAACAGGAUGCAUGUACUUGUAUGAAUGCAACACAAAACUAAGCCAAUGGAAGGAUUCACCAAGAGCAUUUCAUCAUUUAUAUUAUGAAUUACAACACAAGCUGUGAUAGAAGCACAACACAUCUAUAACACUGUUUUUCGUCGCCUAUUAUGUGUGUAAAUGUACACACUUUGAAAUGUACUUCGAAAGGCAAACCAAUGCUUCAGAUUGUAUACGAAGACCUCCGUUGACAUCUUGGACUUUUAUGGUUUCCUUUGUUUAUUUUCAUUGAUUAAUGUCAUUCUAGCAGAUAUGUUCAUAGGUUUCUCUUUCCCUCACACAAUCCACUCAUAGUAAAACAGACAGAAAUACCUCAGUUGCCUGUAUUUAGAUACUUUGUAAUAAUAAAAUUGAUACUGAGAAACUCAA